AUGGCUGGUGGACGUUACCACGUUUGCAAGAAGUGCGGCCCGGCCAGCUGGAUCUUCGCGGCAAAGGUAUGGGACACUCUUCCUGAAGAGGCCUGUGUGCAGCUGAAAGAGGCUGGGUUUGAAGCCAAGCCGGCUCGCACUGAGGAUGUGGAUCUUGUUGCUCUCCUGCAGCAGCAUGUCGGAGACCUUCCCCAGGUCAUCGUGGACGCCCUGCCGGCUACCCCAACCCCGGACCCUCGCCAGGAGGGAAAAGAGGCUGGGGAUGUUCUUCGCAGCUCGGUUGGCAAGCUCCGUGAUCUGGGCCAGAGGAAACUGAGACUGCAGGAGGAGAUCGACACAGCCAAGGACAACUUGCGAGCAAUGCUUCACAAGAUGCAGGACAUCCAGAAUGCCAUCGAGGAGGCAAAGGUGGAAGUCGCGAAGACCACCAAGGAAUAUGAAGACAAGGUGGUCAAGCAUUGCGCGGAAGAGGUCAACAAUGGAGUGGAAUCUGUUCUGCAGGCUUUGGGCAUGCAAGAGGCCAGCCUUACCGAAGAGCAAAAGAGGAAGCUGGAAGCUCUUAAGUCCGAUGAAGCCAAGCGCAGACGCAUGCAGGUCGAUCCAGGCCUUCCCCCGGGUCUGCCACCCUCGCAGGCCUCGGUGAUGCAGCACGAGGCCGAAGCCGAACCCCGCCAGGGGGAGCAGUGGGGGGCCAGGUUGGGGAUGGUCUCGCGCUUGCAGUUUUGUGUCGGCUGUGCCGAGGAUGGGCCUCCCAUGAAUGUGCCGUGGUACCCAGUCGUCUUGUCGCAGCAGAAGAACCCGACGACGUCGCAACAGGGCUUUCCUUCUGUGGAGUCUAACAUGGUAGGCCUUUUCGAAGAUGACGAACCCACCGACCCCUUGACCUUGGAGUAUUUGGUGGUCCACAAAAUGAAUCUCAAGGUCUGUUCGGCCAACGUCACCCGAUGGCGGUCGAGUCACCGGAAAUGGGCCCACACCUUGUCCCCGGACAUUCUUAUGAUCAUAGUGACUUUCCACGCCUCGCAGGGCUGUGGCUAUGUUAUUGUGGCUUUGCGUUCCAAAGGGGUAGAUUUCAAUUGGAUCUCCUUGUACCUGGAAAGUGGGACGGGCUUGGAUAGCCCAGUCAAUGACCUUAUCCUGUCCAGCCUUACCCAACAUUUGUCCCUCCUUCAAGGCAUGUGGGUGGUUGGAGGGGACUUUAACGUUCCGAUCCAGGACUUCCUUAACUCCAGGUAUGAAGAAAGGUGGCAGGGCCGUGUGGUGGGCAGUGGGUCCCCCACGGCGGGAGGGGACUCCGAGCUUGACUUCUUCGUCGUCCAUCCCAGUCUUCACUCCCUGUCGACGGUCCGGCUGUCAUUUGACACUCCUUUCAAGCCGCACGGACUUCUAACCUUGGACGUGCCAGUGCACUCCCUUCAGCUGAGAGUCCCCACCAUCAGGUCGGUGGUGUCCCCGGCUCCCUCCUCCUUCCACGCCAGCUCCCCAGUCCAGCUGGUCCAGAUUUUGGAUGUGUCGUGCCAGGAGGAGUCCUCUAUUGCCUUGGGCCAAUGGUCCCGCGACCUCCAGUCGGAGGCCCAGGCCACCACAGGAAAGGGCUGGUGGGUCGACCUUCCCCGCAGGCCGUUGGCCUCGCACCCAGUUGGAGGAGGUGCCUGGACAGGAGGGCCUAUGGCUAUCUGGGAUAGAUGGCGCACCUGGCUUCAGACAGGGAUGGUCCCUAAAUCCUCCGAGGCCUUUGCCUCCAUCCCUCCGGACGACCCCCUUCUUCCCGUCCUGAAGGACUGGGUUCACGCUGAUGACCGCAGCAGCCUUACUCCAAGUGGCUGGAAGAGGCGCAAAAUGAUCACCUCCGCCCCCUUUACCGCUCCCUUCGAGCUGACGAGCAAACCUUGGAACGGCCGUAUCGGGAGUUCACUCCCCCCCUAUAAGCGGCUAGAAUUUUGGUGUGAGGUAUGGCAGGGUAACCUGGUGUCGCCAGCCGCGCUCCAGGGGGAAGUGUGGGACGCCUUGUGUGACUUAGCCCGGGAGCAGGUCCGUUCCCUGCCCAAGCAUUCUGCUAGCUCCGUCGCCAAGAUAUGCGCCGCAAAAAAUCCCAAAAAAGGAGGCCCGGACGGCUGGGAUUUCAACGAUCUUCGGGACCUGCCUCGGGACGCGUAUGCAGUCCUCGCCGACGCCUUCAACAAAAUGGAGGAGGACCUUGUCAUUCCCCUCCAAGUUUCCCAGGUCCAGAUUGUUCUUCUGGCCAAGAGUGCCUUGAAGGAAAGACCUAUCGGUCUUACAUCAGUCCUAUGGCGGCUUUGGUGUAAGACUCGGCGGUUCUUGGUCGGCCAGUGGCUGGACUCUUACAUUCCUGAUCACCCUUUUGACUCGGCGAUUCCAGGCCGUACCUCGUUAGACGUUGCCCUGGCCAGGAAAUGCUCCAAAGAGUCUGCCAGAGUCAAGGGCUUGCACACUGUCUCGUUGUUCGUAGACAUUAAUGGGUUUUACGACAGCGUUUCUUGGCAGAGGCUUUGCGAACAAGGCUUGCGGUUGUCUUUCCCAGCCUUGGCCCUGUGCCUCUCCCUUCGCCUCUACCAAGGUGGUCGCACGGUGGUGGGUGAAUCCCAGCCUAGUCCAACCAUCUUCCCAGGCCGGGGCAUGAUCCAGGGAUGCCCGUAUGCUCCCACCUUGGCCAAGCUUACCAUGUCCGAACCCUUACAUAGACUGAAACGAGUCACAGGCUUGGAUCAUUGCGACGUAUGGUUGGACGAUGUGGCAGAUUCCCUCCACGCCUCGCCGGAUAUAGCCGCGGGAGCGGCUUAUGAAGCCUUUCGAGUGCUCAAGUCCAGUCUUCAGGCUGAAGGUCUCGUCCUCAGCCAAGAGAAAACGAAAUUUGUGGCCGGAACACCCCGCUCAGCUGCGGCGCUGCGAAAGCUGUUGCGGCCAGGGGACCCUGACUUAGUCGACGUGGUCAAGGAUUUAGGCCUUGACAGUGGCAGUGGACGCCGGCGCAGGACCACUACUGCCCAGAAACGCUUCCGGGUAGGUGGCCUCCGUAACCUGAAGUUGGGUAAGCUUCGCAUUCCGUCACGCCGUGUCCGGCUGCGGUUGCAUCGUUCUAGUCUAGUCACUUCGGGUCUUUAUGGCCAUGAAGCACAGGGGGUCGCCCCUAAACAUAUGAAAACUAUGCGCGCAGCGGUGGCCCGACACACAGGCAGGAGCCGAUACGGUUCAACGGACACCAUCCUAGACAUGACAGCCCAUGAGGUUCAGGAUCCUUACCUUAUUGUGGUGACCCAGCAUGUGGAAAGUCUCUUCAGGAUGAUGGCCAGAUGCAACCGCAUGGGCUGGGAGGCAGUAAAGGACACUUGGAGAGUGGUCUGGAAGCGGCUGGAGGCUGCGAAGCACGGCUGGUCCGUGGUCACCGGACCCAUCUCAGCCAUGUGUCAAUACCUCCGCGACCUCCAGGUCGACGGCCACGAUCCUUCCCGCUGGGUUUUUGAGGAGCGUGUUCUUGAGAUCAAGCCUUCUGAGGUUUCGGUUGUCUGCCAAACCUCGUCCUUCCUCACGGACAUCAUCAAGACCCAGAGGUCUCGUCGCAUGGGAUCGGCCUCGUCGGCAGCGGGUGCUGGUGGCGGGGUCGACUGGACCGUCCCGCGUCGCCUGCUCAAGUCAGUGCGCGCUAAAACUACCCGGUACGCUUACCGGGCGGUUUUCCAAGGGUCCAUUCUCCAUAACGGCAACGGUGGCAAGGAUGUCUGUAAGUUUUGUGGUGAUUCCGGAACCACCUUGCGCCACCUCAUGUAUGAGUGCCCUUCCUUCCCCGGUGGCAUGCGGUUACCAGGGUAUGUUCUGGCGGAGAAGCGCCGUUUCCCUGAGGACUGCCUGUGGCUUCGGGGUAUGCUUCCCCUUAAAUACCUCCCAGUCGCUCCCUCGGGGGACCUAGAAGUGGUCAAGACAGGCGUGUUUCUUACGUCCUCCCAGGUAGUAGCAGACGGGCUGGUGGUUGCUACGGACGCGUCAGGGGGCAUGUUCACCAAGGCCAACCAAUGUGCGGACGAGUUGGCAGGCAAACGAGCUGCCACCAUCUCGCCUGUAGCGGGGUGGAAAGUCCAGGACCUGGAUAGGCUUGUGGGGCCUGGCAAGACAAAGGAAGUGGUUUCCCUUCCUGGCACCAGUGCACGCGCCGCCGGGCCUGCCAGGGAGCCUGCCCCAAAGCCGGCCAGCCGUGCCAAAAAGAAGAAAGAGCUUCCCUCAGGAGGCGGCUCCUGGUGGUUCCAGCUCUUCGGCUCAACCGGCGGCGAAGGCAUGGCCGAGGAGGCCUCAGGCAGCAGGGUCCGGUGUGGAAUUGCGUUCGGUUCCGUGCAAUUCAACACGUUCCCCUCCACCUGGGAGGCACGGGCUCGGCCCCCUGCAGACCCAGCCCAUGAGGCUGAGGAGUCCCCCUGGGGCCGGCGGCAACGCAUGCGCAGGGAGGCGCAGGACUUUACCCCGGGUGUGCACGCGGCUGGUGAAGCAGCAAGUUACAUCAAGCGGCCCACCUCGCCUCCGCACUUCCUCCCUCCGGAGCUCACACUUACGUGGGACCCGAUUCGGCAGGUUGUGGUGGAAGCCCGAGUUCUCCCGCGCCUGGGCUGGGGACAAAGCCGUGUAGGCUACCAGCUGUCUCAGGCGUUAGUCUUGAAGCUCACGGAUGAUGCAUCCCUGAACGGCCCGGAGAUCGAGAUGGCGCGGCGCUUUCCCCGGCUCAUGGCCCGUGAGUGGCUCCAGGAAAAUGCUGCCAAUGGUCUCCGUGUGCACUCCUACCUUCUGGCCACGUUGGCCACCUUGUUGCACUUGUAUGUCUGUGGGGUAGAUGCCAAGGAUGUUGGCAUUUCCAACCUGAGCCACAGGCCGCAGGGCACGAGGAUGGUUCCCCUUCCGGCCUUCAUCGAUGCCAACAACUGGGGGCCGGAAUGGAGGCUGUGGAAACAGAGCUGCUCCACUGGGGGCAUCCAGUUUCCCAGCCUUUGGGCUGAGGACACCCACUGGGUAACGCUCUCGCGCUUGCUGAAGAAAGUCAUCGUGGAUGCCCUGCCGGCUACCCCAACCCCGGACCCUCGCCAGGAAACUGAGACUGCAGGAGGAGAUCGACACACGGACAACUUGCGAGCAAUGCUUCACAAGAUGCAGGACAUCCAGAAUGCCAUCGAGGAGGCAAAGGUGGAAGUCGCGAAGACCACCAAGGAAUAUGAAGACAAGGUGGUCAAGCAUUGCGCGGAAGAGGUCAACAAUGGAGUGGAAUCUGUCCUGCAGGCUUUGGGCAUGCAAGAGGCCAGCCUUACCGAAGAGCAAAAGAGGAAGCUGGAAGCUCUUAAGUCCGAUGAAGCCAAGCGCAGACGCAUGCAGGAGGAGCAGUGGGGGGCCAGGUUGGGGAUGGUCUCGCGCUUGCAGUUUUGUGUCGGCUGUGCCGAGGAUGGGCCUCCCAUGAAUGAUUGGGGCAGGUUUCGCUUGGAGCGGAAUGUGUACCAGCAAAAGAUCCCUCACCAGUACCCAGUCGUCUUGUCGCAGCAGAAGAACCCGACGACGUCGCAACAGGGCUUUCCUUCUGUGGAGUCUAACAUGGUAGGCCUUUUCGAAGAUGACGAACCCACCGACCCCUUGACUUUGGAGUAUUUGGUGGUCCACAAAAUGAAUCUCAAGGUCUGUUCGGCCAAUGUCACCCGAUGGCGGUCGAGUCACCGGAAAUGGGCCCACACCUUGUCCCCGGACAUUCUUAUGAUCAUAGUGACUUUCCACGCCUCGCAGGGCUGUGGCUAUGUUAUUGUGGCUUUGCGUUCCAAAGGGGUAGAUUUCAAUUGGAUCUCCUUGUACCUGGAAAGUGGGACGGGCUUGGAUAGCCCAGUCAAUGAUCUUAUCCUGUCCAGCCUUACCCAACAUUUGUCCCUCCUUCAAGGCAUGUGGGUGGUUGGUGGGGACUUUAACGUUCCGAUCCAGGACUUCCUUAACUCCAGGUAUGAAGAAAGGUGGCAGGGCCGUGUGGUGGGCAGUGGGUCCCUCACGGCGGGAGGGGACUCCGAGAUUGACUUCUUCGUCGUCCAUCCCAGUCUUCACUCCCUGUCGACGGUCCGGCUGUCAUUUGACACUCCUUUCAAGCCUCACGGACUUCUAACCUUGGACGUCGGUGGUGUCCCCGGCUCCCUCCUCCUUCCACGCAAGCUCCCCAGUCCAGGUGGUCCAGAUUUGGAAGUGGCGUCCCAGGAGGAGUCCUCUACUGCCUUGGGCCAAUGGUCCCGCGACCUCCAGUCGGAGGCUCAGGCCACCACAGGAAAGGGCUUGUGGGUCGACCUUCCCCGCAGGCCGUUGGCCUCGCACCCAGUUGGAGGAGGUGCCUGGACAGGAGGGCCUAUGGCUAUCUGGGAUAGAUGGCGCACCUGGCUUCAGACAGGGAUGGACUGGGUUCAUGCUGAUGACCGCAGCAGCCUCACUCGGGAGUUGGUGCCCCAGGUCGAGACAAAAUAUAAAGAAGCUUUGGCCUCCCAGACCUCCCAGAACUCCGAGUCUUACUCCAAGUGGCUGGAAGAGGCACAAAAUGAUCACCUCCGCCCCCUUUACCGCUCCCUUCGGGCUGACGAGCAAACCUUGGAACGGCCGUAUCGGGAGUUCACUCCCCUGGCGCGGCCCUAUAAACGGCUAGAAUUUUGGUGUGAGGUCUGGCAGGGAAACCUGCUGUCGCCAGCCCCUCUCCAGGGGGAAGUAUGGGAUGCCUUGUGUGACUUAGCCCGUGAGCAGGUCCGUUCACUGCCCAAGCAUUCUGCUAGCUCCGUCGCCAAGAUUUGCGCCGCCAAAAAUCCCAAAAAAGGAGGCCCGGACGGCUGGGAUUUCAACGAUCUUCGAGACUUGCCUCGGGACGCGUAUGCAGUCCUAGCCGACGCCUUCAACAAAAUGGAGGAGGACCUUGUCAUUCCCCUCCAAGUUUCCCAGGUCCAGAUUGUUCUUCUGGCUAAGAGUGCCUUGAAGGAAAGACCUAUCGGUCUUACAUCAGUCCUAUGGCGGCUUUGGUGUAAGUCUCGACGGUUCUUGGUCGGCCAGUGGCUGGACUCUUACAUUCCUGAUCACCCUUUCGACUCGGCGAUUCCAGGCCGUACCUCGUUAGACGUUGCCCUGGCCAGGAAAUGCUCCAAAGAGUCUGCCAGAGUCAAGGGCUUGCACACUGUCUCGUUGUUCGUAGACAUUAAUGGGUUUUACGACAGUGUUUCUUGGCGGAGGCUUUGCGAACAAGGCUUGCGGUUGUCUUUCCCAGCCUUGGCCCUGUGCCUCUCCCUUCGCCUCUACCAAGGUGGUCGCACGGUGGUGGGGGAAUCCCAGCCUAGUCCAACCAUCUUCCCAGGCAGGGGCAUGAUCCAGGGAUGCCCGUACGCUCCCACCUUGGCCAAGCUUACCAUGUCUGAACCCUUACAUAGACUGAAACGAGUCACAGGCUUGGAUCAUUGCGAUGUAUGGUUGGACGAUGUUUCUGCAGAUUCCCUCCACGCCUCGCCGGAUAUAGCCGCGGGAGCGGCUUAUGAAGCCUUUCGAGUGCUCAAGUCCAGUCUUCAGGCUGAAGGUCUCGUCCUCAGCCAAGAAAAAACAAAAUUUGUGGCCGGAACACCCCGCUCGGCCGCGGCGCUGCGAAAGCUGUUGCGGCCAGGGGACCCUGACAUAGUCGACGUGGUCAAGGAUUUAGGCCUUGACAGUGGCAGUGGACGCCGGCGCAGGACUACUACUGCCCAGAAACGCUUCCGGGUAGGUGGCCUCCGUAACCUGAAGUUGGGUAAGCUUCGCAUUCCGUCACGCCGUGUCCGGCUGCGGUUGCAUCGUUCUAGUGUAGUCACUUCGGGUCUUUAUGGCCAUGAAGCACAGGGGGUCGCCCCUAAACAUAUGAAAACUAUGCGCGCAGCGGUGGCCCGACACGCAGGCAGGAGCCGAUACGGUUCAACGGACACCAUCCUAGACAUGACAGCCCAUGAGGUUCAGGAUCCUUACCUUAUUGUGGUGACCCAGCAUGUGGAAAGUCUUUUCAGGAUGAUGGCCAGAUGUAACCGCAUGGGCUGGGAGGCAGUAAAGGACACUUGGCGAGUGGUCUGGAAGCGGCUGGAGGCUGCGAAGCACGGCUGGUCCGUGGUCACUGGACCCAUAUCAGCCAUGUGUCAAUACCUCCGCGACCUCCAGGUCGACGGCCACGAUCCUUCCCGCUGGGUUUUUGAGGAACGUGCUCUUGAGAUCAAGCCUUCUGAGGUUUCGGUUGUCUGUCAAACCUCGUCCUUCCUCACGGACAUCAUCAAGACCCAGAGGUUGGGAUCGGCCUCGUCGGCAGCGGGUGCUGGUGGCGGGGUUGAUUGGACGGUCCCGCGUCGCCUGCUCAAGUCAGUCGUCCAUUCUCCAUAA